ACGGCGUGGAGACGGCAAAACCAACGCAUACCGGGUGGCCGGUAACUCCAACACGCCGUCGACAUGGCAACCAUCGGGGUGCCGCGCCGACAAACAUGAACCGCACCCGGAACAGUCGUGAUUCUUACUUGAUGCUGAUUGCGAUCUUCCUCUGGACGUUCGCGAAUGCGUUCGACGUGAACAGUGGAGUACUCGAGUACUGGCAGCCGGGUUCUUGCAGACGCGACGAGUACUUUGAUUCCGCGACUUUGUCGUGCUCUCCGUGCAACAUCAGCAGGAACCUCGAGCCAGCUGCGAACCGAUUGCAAUGUGUGUGCAACAGGAUCAGCAAGAUGACCGGCUUCGAAAACGGCAAUCCGCUUUGCGCCGCCUGCGGUCCCAACAUGACCGCAACCCUCGACGGGAGGGACUGCAUCCAGCGCGCAAACGCGACGUGCAAGUGCUCUACGAACCAAAUAAGAUUGGACAGAAAUAUAAAUGGCAUGCUACUGGACACGGUACUUUGCAUAACGUGCGUCCAAGGCACUUAUCCAUCCCCUGACUGCACCAGGUGUUUACCGUGCGACAGCCCCAAGUCCAGCGGCCACGUUAAUUGCGUCUGCCCGAGCAUAACGCACGUGAGGCUACAAAAUUAUUGUCUGCGUAAGGACGACGUUGUCGACUGGCCGAAUGUCAGAGGCACGUACCUGAUGAAGUUCCGAAGCGAGAAUGUGGACAGCUACUAUCUGAGGAAUGAACUGCAAGUGGCGGUCCACCUCUGCAAGGGGAAAGACAAGACAGCUUGCGAGCAUUUGUCCAACAUGUGCGCGCUGACCCUCUACGCCGACGGUAUCGCUUGUAUGCUCUUCGUGCACAACCCCAUGGCACCGGUGUGGUUGUUUUACAGCAAGCAGGACACCGAAGCGAUAACGAGUGGCACGAGAAUAUCCGAGAGAUACAGCCUGAAAAAAGGAGAUAACAGCAGCGUCCUCGACCUCGCGCUCGCGAGGUUCCACCUGAACGGCGAGUUCUUAUCCAUCGGCGAGCCGACUCUACCCUGUCAGCUUCUCAGGAACGUGAGAUUUGGCAUAAAUCUCCGUAAGAAGUGCAGAACCACCGCUGCCGAGCUGUUGGACGCGCGAAUGGAGUUGCUGUCGCCCUACUUGGUGUUCAAGGAAGACAAUAAAUCUUUCACGCACGCAUUGCCUGUGUUUGUUAGGAUGGCAGGUGAGAAUAUUGAGGACAUCUCGCAGCAGCAGCUGGUGCGAAAAUUCUUCCUGGUCGACAGUGUCAGCGGCUUCAAAGCGCUGCCAGAGUUCAUGACCGGCAAAUUCACAAAAGCGCCGGGAUUGUCAGUGCUGCGGUACAUGAAGUCUCUAACUGUCUUAGUGAACGUCCAGAACGGAGAGGCCCACGGCAAGAUCUUCGCGCCCAUUUUGAUCACAGAGUACGAUGAAUUAACGCAUCAAGAUCUUCUGGACAACACGGACGUUACGAUAGAUUACAAAGUCACGUUUAUAUUAAAGAAUAGCGAUAUAGACUACGACGUGCAGAUAGCUAUUGGAGUGCUGACGGGAAUAGCUCUGAUACUUUCCAGUAUCAGAGCGUGGAGUUAUUACAAGCGGAAUCAUAACGGCAACCCUAGUUUAACUGUUCUAUUGUGGUUCCUGGUUUACGCCAUGGGCGCGGUUGGAAAUGCGAUCACCUUCGUAUGCAUCAGCGUAUGUGUGUAUCUCUUGGUGUUUUACAAGGGCCAAACCGUGCCGUAUGUUCUGCUUCCUAACGAAGACACCGAAAACAUGAUCCGAAUGUAUGUUACAAUAGCAUUCAGCUUUAAGAUCGUAGAAAUGGUAGGAUUCGUCUAUCAAUACUGGAGCCUGAGUAUAUUCUUCAUCGACUGGGAGCAACCGAGAACGGUGCAGCAUCAGCCGAGGUACGAUUCCCCGCACACAUCCCUGCGGAAAAUGUACUCCAACAGAUUCUCAAAGGGCGAGGGCAAGUCUACGAGAAUAACGUCGGACAUUAUCGCGUCCAAGCGGAAGAGAAGAUUGCCCAAGUCGGACCGGAACGCCAGCCCGAGCGCGACGUCCAAGUCUUCCUCGAACGACAAAUACAUCUCCGCGGAUUUCUCCUCCGUUUGCACGCUCGCAAAGACUCCUCUGCAGGAAACGAUCGAUCACAAUUUUCCGAUCAGCGUCUGGAGAACUUUCUUCAUCGCGAACGAAUGGUGCAAACUGCAAACCAAAAGAAGGAUCAACGUAGCACUGCAGUCGAUUUACACCUUGUGCAUCCUGCUGGUAUUCGAUCUGGAAUCCUGGAUGCUGGCGGUGCCCGAGACGAGCGCGGCGGGCAGAUCUCCCGAGAUGGGGAACAAUUUUACGCUGCAAUACGCGAUUUGCACCCUCGCGUACAUAUCCGUUUAUCUCGUACAAUGGCUAGUCCGCAUCACCUUUUACGAGAGAUACGUGCGGAACCGGCUGCAGAAGUUCGUCGACCUGUGCUCGAUCGCGAACAUCAGCGUGUUCAUCUUGGCGCACAAUUAUUAUGGCUUUUACAUUCACGGGAGAUCGGUGCAUGGAUUUGCGGAUACUGAUCUUCCGACACUGAUCAGUGAUCUAAGGAAGGAGGAAGAUGAUUUGUGCGCGCACAGAGGUCUGGUACCAGGCACAAUGGAUCAGACUUUUAUAUUAUCGCUGACCCAGUCAUUUAAAUCUUUGUACGACAAACUUAUGCUGCAGAAGGACAAUGAAAGUAUAGGAACUAUGAAAGGAAAUGACACGCCUUCCAAAAGUUGGAGACAAUUAUCUGAAACCAGGUCGAAGGUGAAAUUGUUUCUAAUGCAGUUUCUCGAUCAUUGUUCGAAAGAUGAGGAUUAUAUCAUCAAGGAGCAACACAUAUUGGAGAAACUGUGUGAUAUCUUUGUUCUAGAUGCCAAAGAUAAAUCCGUCUUUUAUAUUGAUAAUAAUUAUUCCUUCAACAGAGUGAUAGUUUAUGGAAACGAAUGGCUACUGGCGACAUUCGAGACGACGGUUUUUGCGUUUUUUUUGGCAUUAUAUGAUUCUUAUAUCUUCGCCUGUGCGAUGACAGUUCUCAUAUCGCAAUUGUUUCUCAUAAUUAUAAGAUGUAACGUUAAAAGAAACCUUUCCAAGAAAUCGUUAUUGGAUAAAAGAUUUUUUAUGUAACUGUGAAAAUUAUAAUUAUAAUAAUUCAAGAAAUACC